AUCAUGGCAUAACCAACCCAAAAGCAGAAAGUGGUUUCAUUUCGCCGCCAUCAGCUCAUCUUCAUCCAUCUUCCACAUUGUAACAUCAACAAAAUCUUGUAACUUAUAUUAACACCAUCAACUAAACAAGUUUCAGUACUAAAUAAUUUAUUUAAAUAAUUACUAACACACUAUUCAUAUUUUACUUUUAUAUUUUUGUAAUACAAGUUUAUCUUUGAUUCGUGUUUAUAAUUAUCCAAACGACUGUUAGUACAUAGUAUUUGUUUUAUCAUUACAUUUGUAUAUUUAUAUUAGGUGUGGUAAUAUAUAAUUAUUUAAGUUAAAAUUAUACUCGCAAUAAUUACAAGAUGACUGAGGAAAAAAUGGAAUUUAACAUGUCCUUGAAGGAUUGGGGUAAUGAAAAAUUGCAACGAGCACAAAAAACGGUCGACGAGAGCCCGUAUGAUUUGGAAGCGUGGAGUAUUUUGAUAAGGGAAGCACAAAAUAGGCCUAUCACCGAGGUUAGACCGGUAUUCGAAAAACUCGUGACUAUUUUUCCAUCUGCUGGACGAUACUGGAAAAUUUAUAUUGAACAAGAGAUAAAAAUGCGCAACUAUGAGAAAGUAGAAAAGUUGUUCCAAAGAUGCCUAAUGAAAAUCUUGAAUAUAGAAUUAUGGAAGUUAUAUCUUUCUUACGUUAAAGAAACUAAAGCGAGUCUUGCUACGUAUAAAGAAAAAAUGGCACAGGCGUACGACUUUGCAUUGGAUAAAAUCGGUAUGGAUAUUCAUUCAUACAGUAUUUGGAAUGACUAUGUCACAUUUCUUAAAAGUGUUGAAGCAGUUGGUUCCUAUGCAGAAAAUCAAAAAAUCAGCGCUGUUCGUAAGGUGUACCAACGAGGAGUUGUUAAUCCAAUGAUAAACAUGGAGCAAUUAUGGAAAGACUACAUGGCGUUUGAACAAAAUAUAAACCCGAUUAUUGCUGAGAAAAUGGCUAUGGAGAGAUCAAGGGAUUAUAUGAACGCCAGGCGCGUUGCUAAGGAACUUGAAGCGAAUACUCGUGGAUUAAAUCGCAGCGCACCAAGUGUCCCACCUACUGGACAUCCUGAAGAACUUAAGCAGGUUGAAUUAUGGAAAAAAUACAUCGCAUGGGAACGCAGCAAUCCUUUGAGGACCGAGGACACAUCACUUGUAGCUAGACGAGUAAUGUUUGCUAUCGAGCAGUGUUUACUGUGUCUGGGUCACCAUCCAGCAGUCUGGCAUCAAGCGGCCCAUUUUCUCGAGUUGAGUUCGAAAAUCCUGACGGAAAAAGGCGACGUCAAUGCUGCUAAAAACUUGAGCGAUGAAGCUGCCACAAUGUUUGAACGCGCUACCAAUACUUUGCUAGCUAAAAAUAUGCUGCUGUACUUUGCUCACGCGGACUUUGAAGAAGGACGGGUUAAAUAUGAAAAAGUACACCAGAUUUACCAAAAGUACCUUGAUAUCCCAGAUAUUGAUCCGACACUAGCUUAUGUACAGUACAUGAAAUUCGCUAGAAGAGCUGAAGGAAUUAAAUCUGCUAGAACAGUAUUCAAACGCGCACGUGAAGAUCCACGGUCGCGUCAUCAUGUUUAUGUCGCGGCAGCGCUGAUGGAAUACUAUUGCACUAAGGAUAAGAAUAUUGCAUUUAGAAUUUUUGAAUUAGGCUUAAAGAAGUUUGCUGAUAAUCCCGACUAUAUUUUGUGCUACAUCGAUUAUUUGUCGCACUUAAAUGAGGAUAAUAAUACUCGUGUAUUAUUUGAAAGGGUUUUAUCAUCUGGUAGUUUAGAACCUGAAAAAUCAGUUGAUAUUUGGAAUCGUUUUUUGGAAUUCGAAUCAAAUAUUGGUGACUUGGCGAGUAUCGUUAAGGUUGAAAAACGUCGAAGCGCAGUGUUAGAAAAGUUAAAAGAAUUUGAAGGCAAAGAAACAGCUCAAUUAGUUGACAGAUAUAAAUUUUUGGACCUUUAUCCAUGCUCGACGAUGGAACUAAAAUCUAUCGGAUACCACGUCGGAAAUUUGGGUAGAAAUAAUAUCGGAGGCUCGUUACAGAGGUCACAAGACAACGAAGAAGUUAUAGCUGCGUUACCUCGCCCAGAUAUAUCACAAAUGAUACCCUUUAAACCAAAAGUUCAUGCAGUACCCGGUGAACACCCAGUUCCAGGUGGCGCAUUUCCAUUACCACCAGCUGCCGCUCAACUGUGCACGUUACUUCCGCCACCGGGUUGCUUUCGCGGGCCUUUUGUCGCAGUCGACCUUCUUAUGGACGUCUUUAGUCGUAUACAACUACCUGAACAAGCUCCACUGCCAGUUGCAGACAAUGGAUGUGAUACAAAAUUAUUUGAUCUCGCAAAAUCCGUACACUGGAUCGUAGACGAAAGCAAUGACGGUCUCGGAAUUUCGACUAAAAGACGACGAACACGCAUAGGUGCUGAUGACAGUGAAGAUGAAGACUUACCACCGCCGCCUGCUAAUGACAUUUAUCGUCAGAGGCAACAAAAACGUGUUAAAUAAUACGACGAAUCAUUAUUAUUAAAGUUGAUUAUAACAUAAAUAAUAUUGAUUAAUUAAUUUUUGUAUUCGGCGUAUAUAAAACUUAAUUUGUAAUUUUAACAAUAGAUCUUAAGAUCAAGUUAACGAUUAACUAGUCGUUACAUUAAAAAAUUAAUUUUUUUUUUAAAAGUUAAUUUUAUUCGCUAUUCAUUCUAACUAUAAUCUAUAAAGGCUGUUUAAAUUCAUGUGAAUUGAUGUUUU